UCUGCAGAUAAAGGAAUUGGGACACCAGGAAAUCACUUACAUUAACUAUGAAUAAGAAUUUGACCAAGGGCUACUCCAGAUCCAGAAAUUAAGCAAAAUGUAUAGACCAGGGGACACAGUGAAACGUCGACUCAAUAUUCAUGCUUCUCCUCGGAUAAGAAGUGUGGAAGUUGCAAGAGGAAGAGCUGGCUAUGGGUUCACCCUUUCUGGACAAGCUCCAUGUGUUCUUAGCUGUGUCAUGAAAGGAAGUCCUGCAGAUUAUGUGGGCCUUAGGGCAGGAGAUCAAAUAUUUGCAAUUAAUGAAAUUAAUGUUAAAAAAGCUUCUCAUGAAGAUGUGGUCAAACUAAUAGGAAAAUGUUCUGGAGUCCUACACAUGGUCAUUGCUGAAGGCACAAGUCAUAUUGACUCAUGUUCUAGUGAUGAAGAAGUUGGUUUUUAUGAUGGGAAAGGGUGGUUGAAGCCAAAGCCUGACUCUAAAGUCUUGGGUAUAAAUAGAGCAGAGAAGGUUGUUGAAGAAAUGCAGUCUGGUGGAAUUUUCAACAUGCUCUUUGAAAAUCCUAGCUUUUGUGCGUGUAAUGUGGAUAAUUCAGUACCAAAACAAAGAUCUCUUUCUGAGACUGCUGCUAUUAAAUUUGAAAUUGGACAUGAACAUAUCAAUAAUAACCCUAAUUUACUUUCAAAGGAAGAAAUAUCUAAAGUGUUACAUGAUGAUUCAGUUUUUCAAAUUGGACCGGAAAAUCCAGAAGACUUUGCGUUAGAUGCAAGUAUUUUAAAUGUUGCUAUGGUGGUAGGUUACCUCGGCUCUAUUGAACUUCCUUCAACAAGCUCAAAUUUGGAAAAUGAUAGUUUGCAGGCUAUUCGGGGAUGUAUGAGACGACUUCGGGCAGAACAGAAAAUCCAUUCAUUGGUAAUGAUGAAGAUUAUGCAUGACUGCAUUCAGCUCUGCAGUGACAAGUCUGGUGUAGUGGCAGAGUAUCCUGCAGAGAAACUGGCAUUUAGUGCUGUGUGCCCUGAUGAUAGAAGAUUUUUUGGGCUAGUUACCAUGCAGACCAAUGAUGAUGCAAGUUUGGCUCAGGAAGAUGAAGAGGUUCUGAGGACAUCUUGUCAUGUGUUCAUGGUCGAUCCAGAAUUAUUUCAUCAUAAAAUUCACCAAGGAAUAGCAAGACGUUUUGGACUAGAGUGUACGGCAGAUCCAGACACAAAUGGCUGUUUAGAAUUUCCAACGUCAUCUUUACCUGUUCUUCAAUUUAUUUCUGUUCUCUAUAGGGAUAUGGGUGAGCUGAUUGAGGGAAUGCGAGCAAGAGCUUUCCUUGAUGGUGAUGCAGAUGCUCAUCAGAAUAACAGUACGAGUAGUAACAGUGAUAGUGGUAUUGGAAAUUUUAACCAAGAAGAAAAAAGCAAUAGAGUUUUGGUGGUUGAUUUAGGAGGCAAUCCAAGUAAACAUAUACCUAAUAGUAUAUGGGAAAAUCCAGUUGUAAGGGGACAGAAUCAACAUACUUCCCAGUGGAAUAGCUUCUGUCAUGAACAAGAAGGAAGCACUCCUUUAGAAGUAAUUCAGAAUGACAAAUCACAAAGUAAGCACUUAAGUCCUUCAGCUCGUAUUGAAGUUCCACUAGUUUCUUCUCGAAGUUCAGUGCCACCAUCCAAGAAAAGUACUAUAGGCGUAGGCAAUCAGAGAUGGUUGCCUGUUCAUGUCUUGCGAGAAUGGCAACAUGGAAAUGCCAGUGACCAGGAGUCUUAUACAGAUUCUACAGAUGGCUGGUCAAGUGUUAACUGUGGUACUCUUCCCCCUCCGAUGAAUAAGAUUCCAGCUGACAGAUAUAGAGUUGAUGGCAGCUUUGGGCAGCCCCAAUUAACGUCUCAUAAAAAUGAAUGGUCUAAGAAAGUGUUUUGCGCCCACAACAAGUUUGGCCCUCCACACAAUAUUAGAAAGUCUAAAGAAGCUAAAAAGGUAAGAAUCAUACAGGGUACUGCAAAGCACUCUGAAGUUACUGUUGCAUUUGUUUAAUAAAACUUCUAAUUUGUGUAACAUUUAUAAUUGCAAAAUUGUACAUAGAAUUGAUACUUCGCACCCCUUUCUUUUUCACAUCUGCAUUUACCACAAAUGCUGUGAUUUACUCAUCAACCUAUUUAUGGGGAAGCCUGACUGAUAUUGUCUUGCAUAAAAAUAUCUGAGGAUCUUAAAGUACCUUACAAAUAUUAAUUAAUUCCCAGGAGUUAAUAAAAAAGUUAAAAUGAAGUUAAAGCUGACAAAAUAUUUCGGUAACUUAUGGUUGAAAGGAUAUUGUUGGCAAAACCCCACCUUUUAAAAAGGAAAUUCACAGUAGAUGUUAAAUUUAAAUACAAACACGUGAGAAAGCAGAAAGUCAAAGAUAAACUUCCUUUACUAUUCCAAAUGUUUAGCAUUGUAAUAGCUUAAUUUUGCUAAAAGUUUUCAUGUAAAAAUU